AUCUCUUCACAUCAAAUUCUUAUUAAAUCACACUAAUUCCCAUUUCUAAGUUUCAUAACUUCAAAUUCAAUAUGUCUAGCUCAAUGGUGUUGGUGAAGGUUACUUGCUUGACAAUGAUGAUGUGCAUGGUUUUAGGUUUACCACAAACUCUUGAUGCUCUUAGUUGUCUUCAAGUAGAAACAAAAUUGAUGCCAUGCGUCCCGUAUGUGACGGGAAAUGGUGGUUAUGUCCCUCAACCGUGCUGCGAUGGUGUUAAGGCCAUAAACAACCAAGCCGUGACCAAAUCCGAUCGUCAAGCUGCCUGUAGGUGUAUCAAGACCGCCACUUCCGCGAUCCAUGGACUGAACAUGGACAUCCUUGCUGGCCUCCCUAGCAAAUGUGGGGUUCACUUGCCUUAUACUCUUGGUCCCUCCACAACCUGCGAAAAGAUUGAGUGAGCAGCAGUUACAACUUAGAGAGGGGGUAUUGAUGUUGUUUAUCAAGUUUGAAGUGACAUCAGAGAAUAAAUAAGUUGGCUAAUCCCCCGAUUGUAAUCAUAUAUAAUUAUAAUUAUUAUUUGAGAUUUCCAUAUACAAACUAUAACAAUAACAACAUCUUAUGUAUUUGCUCAAAAAAAAAAAUCUUAUGUAUUGAGUUUAAUAUUAAUAAAUAAUAUGGAUUUUCUCAAGUGUUGAAAA